AUGCUGCCGAAUAACGAGGUUCGCGUGCCCCCGCCGCGGGCGGCUGCGCAGUCCGCUGCGCCGCGCGACAUCACCGCCGAAUUUACAGAGGCUGCAUCGAGACUACGGACUGGCCAGCUCGUCAAGGAUGAAAUGUUCACGCUAUUCGAGGCGGUGGGCGCAUUGGAGAUCAUGGACUCCAAGAUGGACAGUGGCUACAUAGCACCUGGCGAGAACCAUGCGCAAGCGCUAGAACACGACUACGAUGUGCGACGGGACCUGACACCGGAGGAGGUGGUGGGGUUGAUGGACCAGCUGCUUUGCCAUGAGAUGGCAUGGCAUAUGGGACAUCCUCUUUCUCAGACCCUUUUUACGUCCAUCUAUAUCGAUAAGCUCUUGUGGCCGGCGCCGAGGACAAUGGAGGAUGCCCGGUUCGACCGCGUGCCUAGCGAAAACCCACUGGUCGGCCUCGUGCUCCGUACCUAUUGUCUGGCACUAAUCAAAGCAUGCGACUUUGUUCACGCCCGUGUGGCAUCUGAAUAUUUCUACGAGGAAGAAGACUUUGUUACUCAAUUAUACAAUCGACACCUCUUGUCCUCUUUUGAUUCGUCACACUUCUAUCGCCUGCUGGAUCAGGCGAUCACCUGGAUUGAGUCUCAGGAGGGGAUCAAUGAAAAGCUUCGAGAUGCGAUUCGAAGCCGACUUCAACUACGGUGGGAGUUUUUGGCUGCCGUGGAUCAAGAUCUUGAGCUCUUAGAUACCGGCUCGACAGACAGCUUUGAAUCAUGUCUGAACCUCUUGAAGCCCGUAACAGAAACUUUUCCUCUUGGAAAGGCGGUGCCUGAAGCUUUCAGCUUGAAGCUUCAACGCAAGCUCGCCAGUACUGUGCCGCCUCGGCCCAUUGUCCACAUCAAACAGGAGGAUGCUCUGGCCCACAUGAAGCGGUUAUGUCAAGAUGCAAUUGAUAUGCAACAGAUCCUGAAAUACCGCGGUCCAAGCAAUUUCAAGACCGCCGUGUGGACUUUAUUGUCUCGAAAACCCCAGCCGUCAGUUUACAUUCGAUCCCUGCUGCAGGCCUUGAUUGUCAGCGGCAUGACAAUCCUUGCGGCUGUACCGGUUAGGCAAUUCCUCUAUGAUGACCUUGCUGAGCUGGUUCUGCCGUCAAGUAUAUUGCUUCGAGCGAAUACUGAUGAGGUGGAGCUACCUUCCGACCCUCGGUUCCGGAUUGCGCAAAUCAUGGAAGGCCUUUUGUUGACACCGUACGCUCCGCCUGCCUGA